UCCAUAACCUCUGACCCAUCACUCGCUUUGAGGUAUUCUUAAUAAACAAAUAAACUUUGCUUUCCAUCCCACUAUACACUCGCUCGUUUUCUAUUAAAGCUCGCUCUGCUUGCAUUCCUCCUAUACUGUACGCAUAUCAACGACGAGAUCCUAACCCUUCAUCACCGUCAACAUGCGCUUCAUCGCAACCCUCGCCGUCCUUGCGUCCGCUGGCUUCGCGGCCGCUCAAACGCAAUCCUCCCUCGUCAUCCCCAAGCCGACGUCUGGAACCUGCGCUGCGCAGAACAUCGUCGACGCCUGCGUCUCAAGCAUCCAGCCCCAGAUCACAGCCUGCAGCGGCACCGACUGGAUCUGCCUCUGCCAGCAGUACACCAACCUGCUGACGUGCUACAACAACUGCCCCGGCUCGUCCGAGGGCCAGACGGUGCAGAACCAGGUUACGUCGUACUGUACUGCUGCGGCUCCGUAUAUUUCCGCGAGUCUCUCCGCCGCCGCUACCAUGCCCCAUUGGUCCUUCAGCGCGACUGCUGCUGCUACUGAGAAAUCGGUGACUACCGGAACUGCGUCGAAGGCGUCGGGUACGGCUGCUGCAGCGUCGGCGACGUCGACGGGGGUAGCGGGGUUUGUUGGGGCGCCAAUUGGAGGCGUGCUGGCUGUUGUGCUUGGGCUUGCGGGGUUGUUGUAGUUGGGUUGAUCGGUGGGAGAUGAAAAGAAGGAGUAAGA